AUGACUUCCGGUAUGCCCACAAUAGACCUGACGUUGGAGGAUUCUGAUGAAGAAAUGAAUUUACCAAACGUCAAUGAAAACGGUAGUACAAGUAAUGAGACUCCGAAUGCAAAUAGUUCGUAUCAUAGUAUAUCUGGGAAGCUUGAUGAACUGUUUGAAGAAGAUAAUAAACAGAUACCGAGUCCAACAAGUAGUGAUGAACCAAAUGAUUAUGAUGAAAAACAUAUUCAACACGCUACUACUGCAGAUGAAAAAUUAAAAAAUUUAGCUUCUUUACAACGUUCAAGAUUUAUUAAUAUUGAUACAGAUAAUAACAAUAAUAGCAAUAAUAAUAUUGAUUCCAAAUUAAUAUGGAAAUUAUCAAAUGAUACAACAUCAAAAAUUUUGACCCCUAAGGCCCCGGAGAUGGAACGUAUGGAAUCUACUAGUUCUUCUGAUGAGCUUGAUGAAGUAGAUGAUGAUAGUUCUAUCUUUCAAAGAAAAGAAGAAGAAGAAGAAGAAGAAGAAGAAGAAGAAGAAGAAGAAGAAGAAGAAGAAGAAGAAAUUGAAAAGAAUUUAGAAUUGUCCUCACAUACUGAAGAAUCUACUGAAUUGCCAAUCAAAAAUGAAUCAAUUAUUGAACAACACCAAGAUAAUUCGCCUGAAAAAGUGCGAAAAGAUAUUAUAAUACCAAAUCCAGGAAUUUUAACCCCUAAACAAGAAAUAAUAGAACGAUCACAAAUUUCAGAAACUGAUAAUAAUUUAUCAGAUAUUUCAAAUGAUAAGAACAAUAGUAAUAGUCCAGUAGAAACAUCAAAUAAUGUUGAAUCUCUUGAAACGUCAAAUGAUAAUAAUUUGUUAGACACUCAGAAAGAUGACAACCAAAUACUGGAUCUAAAGAGUGAAAAUAGUUCUUUUCAACAUAAAACAACGGAACAUAAUUCUUUGGAGACAUCAAAUAACGAAAUAGUACAAAAUAUUCCUGUUAUUGAAAAUAACCAACUAGAAAUUCCAACAAAUUUCGACAUCUCAUCAGAUAUUAAAAACGAAGCAAACGAUGAGAAUAUAAAGAUUAGUAGAACCGGGCACAUUAAUGAUAACAGUAAAGAGCUAUCAAAACCUGAUCCUGAGGUAACCCAAAGUACUCCUCCUAUACUUACAAAAUCAGAAAUCACAUCUACUAUAGAACCGGCCGAUAUUAAUGACAAUCCACAAAAGAGGAAAGCCGUAGAAGAAAUCCAUGAUACAAAUACUUUCAAAAAGAAAUUCUUAGAAACGUCAAGCCAAAGUGAAAAUCCAUCCAUCCAAGAUCAAAUUAUCAUAUUGUCAAGUGACGAAGAAGAAGAAUUGGAAAAUGCUAAAGCUAUUCCGGAUCAAAGUCAAAAGGUUACUAAUGCUGAGAAAAUUGAGACCAUCGAUAUUCCAAAUAACAUUACGGAAACUGAAUCACUAUCUGAAAACAUUGAACUAACACAGAAGGAAUACCAAAAACUUGAGAAAGAAUUCACUACCAAGGAAAAUUCUCUACGUAAUAAACUGGAUUCACUAAAAUCUAGUAGCAUGAUCCUAGAGCGAAAACUGGAGAAAAGAAAUGAGAGGUUAAAGCAAACUACUACUAAAUUAGAAUCAUUUGAAAAGAUGCAAACUUUGAGUUCUUCACGUAGAUUACUUAUUGCGGAUACAAAAAGAACGGUUGAGUCCUUGACAGUUCAAAGAGAUAUGACAUUGAUGAAAUAUAAAAGGGUUCAGUCGAGUUUAGAAAAGACAAAGAUCACACUCAAUCUGCUAAUAUCAGAAAAGACAGACAAAUUGGGAAAAGCAAAGAAUAAUCUAAUUAUGGCCGAAAGAGAUUUUGAAAUUAAAUCUAUUGUGAAACAAAGAAAGGAAUUACUUGAACAGAAAGAUACCUUAAAUUUUAUGUUAAGCGAAGGAACAAUUAGCCAAAGUGCUCAUAGGACAGCAAUGAACGAAGUACAAUCACAAUUAACUAAUCUUUCAGUCCAGAAUAGAAGUGCUCCUGCUGUUCAGGACCCGCAAAAAGUAAUAAAUGGUAUGAAUAACAAUUUAAAUAAUCAACCGGAUUAUUUCGUAAAAUCUAUUGAGGCUGCCAAAAAAUUGAUCCUCGAAAGUACGACAAGAACAGGGUUGACGAAACAAAUGUUAGUACAACAUUUAGAUGUAUUAUUGAAAUAUAAAGAUCAUUUCGAGAGUGGUAGGACAAUAGCAGCUUUUAUGAUGGGGACUUGUUUAGAUUCCGCGGAGCUUUUAUUCACCAAUGGUGUAAAAAUGCCUGUUGUUUAUAAUUUACUACAAGACUAUGGGUUGAAAUACAGAAAGGAAGGACUUAUUCCAGUGGACAGAAGGUCUCAAUACUUUAAGAGUAUUGCGAUUGCUAAACAGUUAGUGAACGAAUCCUCAAGGUAUGCAGAUAUCAAACGUUCCAUAUUGAGUCAUUUGGACUUGAUCGACUUAUUUAGAAAAAAUAUUGAUAACGGUACUCCUCCUGUACCCGAAACACGCAUUAUGGUAACCCGUUCCGUCAUUUUCCUCCUGAAACAAGGUUUGAAGAUGACCAAAUUAUAUGAAAAUUUAAAGGUUUACCAAGUAGGUUCAACAGAAGAUGAGCUCCGUACUCUAAUUCAACGGUCUAACAACCAUCAGAAUUUCAAUAUCUUUGAUUCACAUGAUGACAAAGGUCUCACUAAAUGGCAAUUAUCCCAGCAAACACACUCGAACAUCCAGCAAAAUAAAUUACAAGGUAAUGAUGCGUUUCCAUCGGGUGGUAUAAGUAAUAUCCACGAUGUACAGGAUAAGGAAUAUAUCCGUGAAUUAUUGGCAAACGUGAAAGAAACUGAAAACCAAAUUGAAGGUGAAGAAAUGACACCAGAUGAACUGACGGUAAAUUUAUUAAGGCAUCAAAGGAUAGGUUUGAGGUGGUUAUUAAAUGUAGAAAAAUCUAAAAGGAAAGCAGGACUAUUGGCAGAUGAUAUGGGCUUAGGUAAAACUGUUCAAGCGCUUGCACUAAUGAUGGCGAAUAAGUCCGAUGAUAGAAGACAAAAAACCAAUCUGAUCGUUGCACCGGUCAGUGUUUUGAGAGUCUGGCAGGGUGAAAUGGAAACGAAGAUUAAAAAAAAUGUCGGAUUUACUAGUUUCAUUUUUAAUGGUGCAAAGGGUAAACUUAAAACUUGGGAUGAGAUGAAGUCUUAUGAUGCUGUUUUGGUGUCUUACCAAACGUUAGCUAAUGAAUUCAAAAAACAUUGGCCUGACGCAUUAUCUAUAGACCAGAAAAAGAUCCCAUCUAUUCCAGACAUCAAGGCGAUGAAUAAAUUGAAAAGACACAAUGAAUACUGGUCCCCCUUUUAUAGAGAUGAUUCAACUUUUUAUAGAAUAAUUCUGGACGAAGCCCAAAAUAUCAAGAAUAAAAAAACACAGGCAGCAAAAGCAUGCUGCACAUUAUACAGUACUUAUAGAUGGGUAUUAUCGGGUACUCCGAUUCAGAACAGUAUGGAAGAAUUAUAUUCUUUGAUAAGAUUUUUACGUAUUCCACCUUACAAUAGAGAAGAAAGAUUUCAAGCUGAUAUUGGAAGACCGUUCGGUAAGAACAAAAAGUUUGAAUAUGAUUCUGAAGACAGGAAAAAAGCGCUGCAAAAGGUCCAAGUGUUAUUGAAGGCUAUAAUGCUUCGUCGUUCCAAAACUGACAAAAUCGAUGGUAAGCCUAUUCUCGAGCUACCACCAAAAAAUGUGGAAGUUGACGAAACUAGUCUAAAGGGUGAAGAGUUAGAAUUUUACACCGAUUUAGAAAGUAAAAAUCAGAAACUGGCAAAGAGAUUACUUGCAAGAAAAGCGAAAGGUAACUAUUCUAGUGUUUUGACAUUAUUACUUCGUUUAAGACAAGCUUGUAUUCAUUCUGAACUAGUUAUAAUUGGUGAAAAGAAAAGUGAAACAACAAAAGUCGUGAACGGCAAAAAUUUUGAAAGGGAUUGGAACAGAUUAUUUGAAGUGGUCAAUCGCAUGAAUAUGAUAAAAAGAAACACAGUUACAGAAUCACUAGAUAGGAUGACAUGCCUAUGGUGUAUGGAACAGCUUGAACUAGAAAACUCGUCUGUAUUAACGGGCUGUGGUCAUAUGAUUUGUGAUGCCUGUAUCGAACCUCUUACAGAAGAAGCUACUUUAGAUUCUAGUGCAAGAAUUGUAAACGAUGCAAUGAUGUUACCAUGUCACGAUUGUCGAUUAUUAACAAGCGACAAAGAAAUUGUUUCUUACAAGUUAUACAACCAAACAGUGAAUUUGAAUUAUACUCGUGCAGAUUUACGUAGAGAGUAUGAGUUGGCUAUGGAUAGCCGUAGGUCACGACCAGAGUACAGACCAGAUAUGACGAAAUUGAAACCAUCGCAAAAAAUGACCCAAUGCAUGGACCUGAUUAAGAAAGUGUUUGAAAAUUCAACUACGGAAAAGAUAAUCAUCUUUUCACAGUUUACUGCUUUUUUUGACAUUUUUGGAUAUUUCCUAACUAACCUAAUGAACGUAGGAUACCUGAGGUACACUGGGGACAUGAAUGCACAAAAGAGAUCUGAUGUUAUUAGUCAGUUUUAUAGAGAUGCAUCCAAGAGAAUUCUGUUGAUUUCGAUGAAAGCAGGUAAUUCUGGUCUAACAUUAACCUGUGCUAACCAUGUAAUCAUCGUGGACCCGUUCUGGAAUCCAUAUGUUGAAGAACAAGCGCAAGAUCGUUGUUACAGAAUCAGUCAAACUCGAGAAGUGUUUAUUCACAGAUUAUUUGUCAAAAACAGUGUCGAAGAUAGAAUUGCGGAAUUACAGAAGAGAAAACGUGAAAUGGUAGAUGCAGCUAUGGAUCCAAGUAAACUAAAACAGAUCAACGGUUUAGGUACAAGAGAACUAGGUUUCUUAUUCGGUUUGAACUCGCUGUAA